AUGAGUGAGAAACAGGAGUUAUUAAAUAACUUAUUACAGCUAGCCCAGAAAGAACAAAAGCAAGGUAAUAAGUCAAUAACCCAAGAGAAAUUGGAUUCCUUAUCCUCAUAUAUCAUCAAUCAAAGCAAAAGUAGUAACUACAAGAAGUAUAGUGAAUUCCACCCCAUACCGAAAAGUUCAGGAUUAAGUGACGUUAGAGGUGAAAGGUCAAACAACGAAUCAAGAAAUCAAAAAACUUCAAGUUAUAGCCCCUUGUUUGAUAAAUUUACCUUACCAAUUCCGAAGAAUAAUCCCCCCAGAAAACUAAGCCAAUUAUCAAAGUUCAAAAAACUUGAAAACUCGUUCAUAAAUAUAUUAGAGGUCCUAGCUAAUAUUCUUGAUAAUUUGCAUUUAUUUUCUAAAUUCCCCAUGUUUCCACAACGUUUAUUGGGAUUGUUGAAGCAAACCAACAAACUAUGGGUCAUACUUUUGAUAUUUUUGAUCAGGAAAACCGUUUCACAACUACUCAAUGUUAAACGAAAAGAGAAUAAGGUCAAAAUCGAAUUGAAUAUCUUGAAAUCUUCAUCAAAAGGUCAAAUUGAUAAUUCGUUACUCAAAAAAUAUGAAAAAGUAUUGAAAGAUUUGAAGUUUGAUAAAACUAUGCUUUAUUUGGAAUUAUUUGGUAAUUUCUUGGAUUUGGCUUUCAAUGUUAUAGAAUUGUCAGGUAUAUUAGUACCAGAUUGGUUGAUGAAUAUUUUGAACUUCUCAAGUAUGGCCAUGACAAUUUACAGAAUGAAUAAGGAUGACGAGUAUAUUGAUGAUGACAUUACCGAGGAUUUAAUAUGA